AAAAAUGAUCUUCCGAUUAUUUUAUUAUUAUCUUAUCUUAUAAGUCGUUAUCACCUGUUCACUUACGUUCAGUUGGCGUGUUCUGGCGCACGUUGUUCUAAAGAUUUUUGUGUUGGAAAUGUAUUUUGGAAACUCGCUGUGUUGAGGGUGUUAUAAGUAAUCAGGGAUGAGUGGCACAGCGAGUGCAUACCGCUGACUAAUGGCUGGUGUGAAGUGGCCAGCCUUCUGCAGGCCUCGGUGUCGGAGGAAAGUGUUCCCGCCUGAUCAAAUAGAAGACGGAAAUUUACGAAGAUGUCUGAACCGCUGGGAUCUGACGGCGCUGGGCGUGGGCAGCGCCACGGGGGCCGGAAUCUACGUGCUUAUAGGGUACGUGGCGCUCAACGUCGCCGGGCCCUCAGUCGUGCUCUCUUUCUCAUGGCUGCAGUCGCCGCUUUAUUUGCAGGUCUGUGCUACGCGGAGUUCGCGACUCGGGUGCCGAGGGCGGGCUCCGCUUACAUCUACAAGUACGUGGCCAUCGGUGAACUGAUGGCCUUCCUUAUAGGCUGGUGCAAUAUCCUGGAAGCUGCUGUUGGAGCGGCGAGUCUCUCCAGUGGUCUUAGUUUGUAUUUAGACUCCAUGGUCAACGGCUCAAUGACGGCGUGGUACGAGUCCGCCAUGCCUCCUCGGGAGUGUCCUCUCAUGUCGCCCUACUUCAACCUGCUCGCUUUCCUCAUCAUUCUCUGCGUUGGAG